AUGUCGACUAACUCUUCUGAACGAACUAUCACCACCACUGCCCCACCAUCGGCUACCACUUCCAAUCCCCUCUCAUCGACACACCACUUUGUGUCGAUUAAAUUAACCUCCAGGAAUUACCUAUUUUGGCAUACACAGCUCGUCCCGUUCCUUAAGGGUCAAGAGUUACUCGGGUACGUCAACGGCGAGAUCGAAUGUCCACCAGCGACCAUCGCCUCCUCCCCUUCCGGUGAAUCUGCAUCCGGCGUGGCAACCACCGGGCAAGUCCCGAAUCCGGCGUACAGGUUAUUGGUGAAGCAGGACCAAUCCAUCGUGUCGCUUCUCGUCUCCUCUAUGUCCGACGAGGUGUUACACCUUGCGGUCGGCCGGAACACGGCGAAGGAGGUCUGGGACUCCAUCACUGCCGCCUUGAGGUCUAGUAAGCGCACUCGCUGCCUCAAUCUUCUUGGGCAGUUCCAGUCGCUGCGACAAGGGAACUUCUCACCGGCGGACUACAUCGGCCAAGCGCAGCUCCUCGUCGAAGCUCUAGCGCUCGCCGACCGUCCUCUAUCACUCGAUGAGCAGAACUUGUGGGUCUUCAGAGGGCACCGGCCGGAGUUUAGAUCCAUGGCGGCCUCUCUUACAGUGAAUGGUAAUCCGGUCUCUCUUCCCCAACUCGCUGACUUUUUACAGACAUAG